GAAAGUUCACACAAAGCCACAGAUACAGCCACACCCACCAAGGCCUCUCUACAGAACGCAAUCAGGGGAACAAGAUUGGACUCUUGUGUUUGUCACCGAUUGUGGGUAUUAACUCAAAUCUUCCAAAUCGGUUGGGUUCUUGGUCAUGUUUUGGGUUUUCAUUCCAAGCAAUAGCAUUGUAAUUUUUUUCGAGGGUGUGAACGGCGGAUUUGAUUGAAGCAUUGGGCAAGAGUGCUUGAUUUUUAAUUUUCUAUGGGUCUGAGUUUAACGCAAGUCUAAGUAAUAAUCUCUUGGGAGCUUUUCGACUUUUCGUCAAACACCUGGUGUGCAAAAGCAAAGACCGAAGGCCAACCAUGCCAAGUAGAAAGAAAGCUUCAAAAAACGAUAUUGAAAUCUCAAAAGCAAGCUUCCUUCCUCCUCAAGAGCAAGAUUGCUACGAAGGGGAACGUCUCGCUUGUCUACUCAAAUCUAUGCAUAGGGAGAUAGAGUCAGCGAGACUCUUGGAUGGAAACUCCUUGCCUGAAAAAAUAUGGUUAAAGCAACAAUUCUCUAUUGGGGUCAAUGAUGUCACUCGCGUCCUUGAACGCAUGGCGCCAAGUGCUCAAGUGGGAAGCUCUCCUCAACGGCCCUCUUCAAUCAGGAACAAUUGUAAAGCGCCUUUAGUUCAGCUUCAAGCUGUCCUGUUAGCUUCUGAUUGCAACCCCCGGUGGCUGACAAAGCAUCUGCCAAGCUUGGCCUCAUCAAGGAGUGUUCCACUUAUCUUUGUCAAAGAUAUGAAAGGAGGUUCUUUAAGGUUAGGUGAACUUGUUAAGCUCAAAACUGCAAUCGCUAUUGGAGUAAAGGCUAAAGGAAAUGCCAUUAAUCAAAUUUUUGAGAAAAUUUUUCAUGGUGAUGAAGUAAGACAGACAGAUAGACAUGAUUCAACUAAUAUGAAGAUUGAAGCCAUGGCAGAAAGAGAGUUGUUAGUCAAGAAUUAGCUAUUUCAAACAAACUGGCCCAUUUUCAUGGCAGUACAAACCUAUAGCUUGAAUUUUUUCCUUUGAAAAUGCCAAAGAAUCUUCACAAUGAUGAGUGUCUUCACACCUCAAGGACCUCAAGACCUUUGAAGAUUUUUUUUUACUAGUUUUUGGGUUGUAAUUAUCUUUUGAUUAGGUCUUAGGGAUGUAAUUAAAGUUCUGGCAUAUCACUAGAUAUUCAACAAAUGCCUUACAAGCUUAAAAGAUACAUGGAUGUCGUUGUUCGAGUUUAGAUAUAGAUCCACCAAUGAGACAACAAUGUGAGUUCAAAAUUUUCAGACACGCAAUUUGGCAAGCGUUUUUGUAGGUGUUUAUGUAUGGAAUGUUUAUCUCCA